AUUGUGGCACUCAGUGUGAUUGAGCGUGAAUUGCCAAAUUAUCACAGCCCCUCAGCUGUGAGAUUGAUCACUCCUCACAUCUUCAGAACAUGCAAACUCACGGAUAGAACAGCAGGAGAUUAACUGGAACCCCCUCUGGAUCGCUGGUGAUGCCAUGUCCCCUCACCCACAGGUCGUGUCCCCACAGCCAGUGCCCGAGAUGCUGAAGUGACACCCACUACUGCCUGCUCCUUACCAAGGCUAUGGGAAAACUACAGAGUAAAAUCAGCUUCUACAACACCAAAUACAGGGCCGAUGGCUCCGUGGGACAGACAGGACCCAGCRGUGCCUCCCAGCAGCACAGCCCUGCUCACACCGACGCUGUCACCUCUGUGGCUGCUCUCAAACCAGACCUGUGCGUGUCAGGAGGAAAGGAUAAGAGUGUGGCUGUGUGCAGCUGGAGGUCCGGGGCUGCUCUGCAUCGCUUCAUCGGCCACGAGCGCGAGGUCACCAAGGUCACCUCAGCCCUUGACUCCAGCAGAGUGUUCAGCGCGUCCCGGGACAAGACAGUGAUGAUGUGGGAGCUUCAUGGGACCUCGGGGCCAAGCCAGCACUUCCCAGGACAUGACCUGGUUGUUACUGGGCUGGCUGUGAGCCCAGACGCCUCCCAGCUGUGCACGGGCUCCCGAGACAACACCGUGUGCAAGUGGGACACUGAGACCGGGGAGUGCCUGGGCAGAGCUGCAAUCUCCAGGAAUCUGGUCACACAUCUCUGCUGGGUUCCUGGGGAGCCUUAUGUCAUCCAGACCUCRGAGGAUAAAACCACCAGGGUGUGGGACAGCCGGGAGCUGCAGGUGGCACACACGUUCCCAGCCAAGCAGCACAUCCAGACGUGCUGUGACGUGAGCCAGGACGGGCGCUACUGCCUGAGCAGCAGCAGCGGCCACAGCGGCCAUGGCGGCGAGGCCACCCUGUGGGACCUGAGGCAGACGAGGGGCCGUGUGUGUGAAUACAAAGGGCACUUCCAAACCACCACCUCRUGUGUGUUCCUGCCCCGGGGCCCAGCGCUCGCCCCCAGCAUUGCCACAUCCUCCAGCGACAGCACAGUGAAGGUCUGGGACCAGGCCACUGCAGCCUGCCUGGCCACGCUGUGCCUCGAGGGCUCGGGCCCGCUGGCCUCGCUGGCYGCCUGUGACAGCUCCACCCUGCUCUGCGCCAGCGCCAACUCCGGCAUCCACGUGCUCCGCCUCAGCGGCGGCACAGAGCCGGCCCUGGAGGAGGUGGCAGCGUUCUGAGUAUGGAAAUCUCCUGUCAGACUGUCCCAGGAGGAGGGGGCAGCGUUCUGAGUAUGAGAAUCUACUGUCAGACUGUCCCUGGAGGAGGUGGCAGUGUUCUGAGUAUGGGAAUCUCCUGUCAGACUGUCCCAGGAGGAGGUGGCAGUGUUCUGAGUAUGGGAAUCUCCUGUCAGACUGUCCCAGGAGGGGAUGUGAUCCCCAAGAGCCGUGGGCAGCAGAGGCUCUGUGCCUGUGAGCAGGAG